AAGCGUCCGGCACCAUCCCCUGAGGCGGCUAGAUUUGAACUCAAUAAGACCUGUCUGACCAAAUGCGACGUUUGUGUGUUUGCAAUUGUGUUUGUAAAUUCGACCAUCGUCAUCGUGUUCUAAGAACCGAAUCGCAUGACAUAUUUUGUCACGUUUCAAACAAUUUAUAUACCAUAUAUUUGCAUAAGUAAAUGUAGAAACAUAUUGAGGACCGGUUUGGUAAGGAUAUUACAUGGGUGAUCUACCGAAAGCGGGAAACCGGUGGGACAGGUCUUGUUACUAACAAAAAGCUUACUCCCCAGUACCAUAUAGUCACUGAUUGCACUUCUAGUCAAGUCAGGACACAGCGACCGCGUAAAAAACAUGUUACCUUUGCUAGUUGCAGCUGUUGUUUUAAUUGCAGUGUACGUUCUCCUUAUUAAAACCAUUUUCAAAGGCUCAAAAUUUAAAGGAAAUGCAGCGAUGGAUGGUAAGACUGUAAUAAUAACAGGUGGGAAUACUGGCAUUGGGAAAGCCACUGCUAUGGAGCUUGCCAGGAGGGGUGCUAGAGUAAUCUUGGCAUGUCGUAACCAAGAGAAAGCUGAACUUGCGAUAGGUGAUAUACAAAGGGAGACAGGCAGCACUAAUGUGGUGUUUAUGCAGUUAGACCUGGGAAGCCUUCAGAGAGUGCGUUCAUUUGCUGAGACCUUCCUGAAGACUGAGUCAAGACUGGAUCUGCUCAUUAACAAUGCUGGUCUGGUGGGGGAUGGGCGCACCAUUGAUGGCUUUGGAAUUGGGUUUGGGGUCAACCACCUCGGCCACUUCCUGCUGACAUGUCUGUUGCUGGACCGUCUAAAGGAGGGCACUGGGGGCCGAGUGGUCACUCUGGGCUCCAUGGCCUAUCGCUGGGGCAACAUCGACUUUGAUUUCCUUAUAACCAAUAAACAUCUAGGCACUGGGAGAUACAGCUGGCAGUUCUUCCAUGCGUACUGCAAUAGCAAGCUAUGUAAUGUUCUCUUCAAUCACGAGCUGGCAAAAAGACUGAAGGGUACCAAAGUCACCUGCUACAGUGUUCAUCCAGGAGUAGUGAAAACAGAGCUAUCCCGAAACUGCAGUCUGUGGCAGAGAUUCUUCAUCGAGCCAAUAGCCAAACUGUUGUUCCUGGAUCCAGAAACCGGAGCCCAGACCACUCUCCACUGUGCCCUCCAAGAGGGCAUUGAGCACCUGAGCGGAGGCUACUUCUUCUGCUGUGCGCCGGAGGAGGUGGUUGCUAAAGGCAAAGAUGACGCUGUGGCCAAGAAGUUAUGGGAAGUCAGUGAAAGGUUGAGCGGCUUGUGCUAGGGAAAGGAGGAAUCAUCCGCGCUGUGUAAAAGAUUGCUUUUACACUGCUUUUGAUUUGGUGGUUUGCAGAUCUGGGAGAAAACGAUCGGAGUAUGAUUCAAAAUGGAUCAAUGUGACAAGAAGAAACCACUAAUACAUUAACUGAUCUCCUUUUUCAUCACACCAGUGGUAACACUGACCUCUAGGUGUGUCCUGCACUGACCGUGUUCAGUGUACGCCGGUGGCAAAGUCCAAAGGCCUAUGACGCUUUUUGUAGAAAAAAAUGUGAAUUAUUAUAAUAAAAAUAUUGCAAAUGAA